AUUUCUCUUCAGUAAUCUGUAUAGCAUAAGCAAACUCGGAUUCUAUCCUCAACUCGUGGGGAAAGGAAAAAGUAAAGGAACUCAAAUAUCGGUUGGCAGUUUUCCCAGUUUCGUUUUAUCAUAUGAUAUCAUCUGCCAAUCACAAAACACUUACCACCAACAUCUCCGGCCACCAUUCCUGCUAUAAAGAUCAUAACUUAACUACAAACAAAGUGAAGAGAAUUCCAAAUCUGUAUGGGUUUCCUUGAUUGUUUUUAGAGAGAGAGAGAGAGAGCAAAUUGGUAUCGUGGAACUCUCCUCCUAUAAGUGGAUUUUCCACUCCUUCACUCAAUGGUGGGUGCAUUCUCAACCCAAGCACAGGGUCUCAAAGCAACACCACCCACUACUGUACCUAGCUCGUCUCUUUUCCCAUCUGAAAGGAUUUCAGCUGCCAACUUCUCAGUCUUCAAGAACCCCAUUUCAGAUUGCAGAGGAUUCUCUUCAAAAAACUGUAAUUUCCUUAGAGGUCAAUUCCAUGCCAGAUACUUUCUUGGGUACUUUUCGAAACGUGCUCGACGAAAUCGAGCAGGGCUUGUGGUUUCACCAACCUGUGUCCUUCCAUUAACUGAAGAAAAUGUGGAAAAGAUUUUGGAGGAAGUAAGGCCAGGUUUAAUGGCCGAUGGAGGGAAUGUGGUUUUACACGAGAUUGAUGGCCUUGUUGUGGUACUAAAGCUACAAGGAGCAUGUGGGUCAUGUCCGAGCUCAACUAUGACACUAAAGAUGGGGAUUGAAACUCGGCUUCGAGAUAAAAUUCCAGAAAUCAUGGCCGUGGAGCAGAUCGUAGACACCGAGACGGGGCUUGAGCUUAAUGAGGACAACAUCGAAAAGGUUCUUUCUGAGAUUAGACCAUACCUCGCGGGCACAGGAGGUGGGAUUCUUGAACUUGUUCAGAUCAAUGACUAUGUUGUCAAUGUUCGGCUUAGUGGACCUGCUGCUGGAGUUAUGACAGUCCGUGUUGCUCUAACACAAAAGUUGAGGGAAAAAAUACCUGCCAUUGCGGCUGUCCAGCUCAUUGAAUGACAUGUAUACUGAAAAACAUAUAGGAUGUUUUGCCUUCUUACUUUUAAGCAAGUUUUGAUUUAUGCUUUCCAUUUACCUCAGGAUGUAAGAAAAUGAGCUGAGGGGUAUUAAGUAAUUGCUUAAAACUUCAAUAUUUCUUGACGGUCUAAUAGUACCAUCGAAGGCCAUAACUCGUGCACUAUAUUUAUUGUGGACAUACUUUCCAAGCAGUUGUGAUUUCAAACCCAAUUUUUUC